AUGCACAUAGAAAAGAAUGUGUCGGAUGCUAUAUUGUCUCUCUUGAUGCAAAGUGCAAAGUCAAAAAAUGGGCUGAAAUCAAGAAAAGACUUAGAAGAUAUUGGAAUCAGAAAGCACUUGCACACAGAGGUGAGGGGAAAGAAAACAUACUUACCUCCAGCUGCCUACUGGUUAUCGAAGAAAGAGAAGACAAUUUUCUGCCAAAGGUUAGCCAAGUUUAGAGGUCCUGAUGGUUAUUGUGGCAAUAUUGCGAAUAGUGUUUCAGUUAACCCUCCAAAUAUUGGUAGUUUAAAGUCGCAUGGUCAUCAUGUCCUAGUACAGAACUUGUUACCAGCUGCAUUAAGAGGGUUGUUACAUAGGGGUCCUAGGAUAGCCAUAAAUAGAUUAUGCAGUUACUUCAACAGGUUGUGUCAGCGCAUCAUUGACCCGGAGAAACUUGUAUCCACGGAGACAGAUUUUGUGGAAACAAUGUGUCAACUGGAGCGCUUCUUCCCUCCAGCCCAUUUUGAUAUCAUGUUCCACCUUCCAAUACAUCUAUCAAAAGAGGCACGCUUGGGAGGACCAGUACACUUCCGCUGGAUGUAUCCCUUCGAAAGAUACAUGAAAACACUAAAGGCUUUUGUUAAGAAUUAUGCAAGGCCAGAAGCAUGUAUGGCUGAGAUGUAUUUAGCUGGAGAAUGUGUUGCAUUUUGUUUAGAGUUCCUUAAAGAUUCAGUACCAGUUCAAGAAGCAGUUAAUCGUAAUGAAGAUGUUGAGGCUGACAGAAUGGUGGUUGAAGGCCGACCUCUGCAGAAGGGUAUAGAGGUUGCCCUUUCAGAUAAAGAUAGAGACAUUGCACAUCGCUACGUGCUAAUGAACAUGGCAUCUUUGGAUCCCUUUCUUGAGUAA